AACAAACAGUCCAAUCAUCGCAACCAAUAAUGAUUUAUUGACAUACUAAAUUCACUGAAGUCAAAAUCCUCCCAUUCCACUUGUAUAUGUUAGAACAAAAGAAAGAAAAAAAUACCAAAUUCCUGCCAUUGACUUCACAAACUCUGCAGCUUCCCAUGUGCUGAAACAAAGACUUGUUCAAAUGGAAUGGGGUAGCACUCUUCUGCAAUCAGUUCUACCUUCAAUUCGUACACCCAUCGAGUGGCCUCCAAUGGCAGCAGACUACGAGAAAGCUUAUGAUAAACAUGAAAAAAAUUUCAAAUUUCAAAACCUCAAGUUUGGUGGAGGCUAAUUUGCAUUUGGAUUCAAAUUUUUCUCAACUUGCACCAAGUUAGGCAUAAGAUAUUGGAUAAAGGGUUUGUCUUCCCUUUGAAAUUUCCAUUAAGAAAAGAGUCAACUUUGAUGGAGAUGGAGGCCCUCUAUGUCUUCAUCACUUAGCAGCUCAUCAUGAAGAAAUUAAACCCCGACUCUGUAUAAUAUAUGGUUUUCAUGAUAUAUAAUUUAAUCUCCAAUCUGAGUUUUCAAGAAGUAUUCUGUAAACUACUUGUUCAAACAACCACAAACUCAUUGAUAAACCAAAGGAUUCUAGUUUCAAUGUGUAGUCGUCAACUUGCCUAUGUAACGUGUUCAUUCAUCAUGUCACAAAGACCAGCCGUGAGUAUUGACCAAUCUGCCAGCUGUAAGAGAAUCCCUAUUGUGUUGACUUUCUAUUAUCGUCACGCCCUUACCAUAUAUCCUCGAGGUGCACAAAAAGUUGUCUGCCUUCUCAACUCUCGUCCAUCAAUGCAGCAAAAGAUAGAUCCAAGAAGACGAAGAUAAUGGGAAUAUCAGGGCAAUCCCUCUUCUGUUUCUUGCUAAGUGGUCUGGCUCUUCUACUUCUUGUUCAAGCUCAGGAUCAAUCAGGCUUCAUUAGUUUAGACUGUGGAACACCGGAGGGUACGACUUAUACCGAAACGACGACGAAUAUUAACUAUGUAUCUGAUGCAUCCUACAUAAACAGUGGCGUAAGUGGAAGUGUAGCUCCGAUAUAUGGAGAUACCUUCCAGAGGCAAAUGAGGAAACUUAGAAGUUUUCCUCAAGGAAUCAGAAACUGUUACAACGUAAGCAUUAAAAGGGGUACCAAGUACUUGAUUCGAGCAAAUUUUUUAUAUGGGAAUUACGAUGGCUUGAAUUUGUUACCGAAGUUUGAUCUCUAUAUUGGGAAUAGCCUGUGGGAGACAGUAAACUUCACCAAAGUAGACAUUGAUACUUUCAAAGAUCUCAUACAUACUACCUCCUCAAAUGAAGUUCACGUCUGUCUGAUCAAUACAGGGGAUGGAGUGCCGUUUAUUUCAGCACUAGAAUUUAGACCUUUACUCAACGUCACUUAUCAAACAGCAUCAGGAUCCUUAUCACUUAAUUUUCGAUUGGACAUCGGUUCGACUGAGAAUACAUCAUACAGAUUCCCUUAUGAUGUUUAUGAUCGCAUCUGGUCACCAUUUAACUUCAACGAGUGGACACAAGUGAGCACCAAUCAAACUGUAGAUGCUACCGAUCACAACAAUCACCAACCGCCAUCCAUUGUCAUGAAAACUGCUUCAACUCCAAUAAAUGCAAGCAAGCCUCUGGAAAUUUGGUGGGAUGCAGUAGAUUCAACCCGAUAUUACGUAUUUAUACACGUUGCUGAAGUUGGAGAGCUUCAACCCAACCAAAGUAGAGGAUUCGAUAUCAUGCACAAUGGGGAGCUUUUUUAUGGACCUCUGAUUCCAAGUUAUUUGUCCACACUUACCAUUUUUGGUCAAAAACCAUUGGACGCAGCAAAUAGACAUUUAUUUUCUUUUAUUCCAAUUAAGAACGCAACACUUCCUCCAAUCGUUAAUGCUUUCGAGAUAUACACAGCGAAAGACAUAUCAGAGUUAGAAGCGGAUAAAGGAGAUGUGGAUGCAAUUACCAAUAUCAACUCAACCUAUGGAGUAAAGAGGGAUUGGCAAGGAGAUCCAUGUGUGCCAAUGGGGUAUCCCUGGAGUGGAAUAAAUUGUAGCAACGAAGCUACACCAAGAAUCAUAUCCUUGAACCUAUCUGCAAGUGGACUAACAGGUGAAAUAUCUUCUUAUAUAUCCAAUCUAACAAUGUUGCAAACUUUGGACUUGUCAAACAAUAACUUGACAGGGAAAGUGCCCGACUUCCUGUCUACUUUGUCACACCUCAAAACCUUGAACCUAGGUAACAACAAGCUCUCGGGUCCAAUUCCGGCUGAUCUUUUGAAAAGAUCCAAUGAUGGUUCACUAUCAUUAAGUGUGGGAGGUAACCAAAAUCUCGAUGGAUGUGCAUUAGAUUCAUGUUCAAAGAACGAAGAGAAAAAUAAAAAUGUUAUCAUUCCAAUUGUAGCAUCGAUUGGUGGGUUCCUAGUUGUCCUCGCAAUUUCUGCAAUAACCUUUUGGAUCAUCAAAUGUCGAAGGAAACAAGGUAAAAAUGUCAUCUCGGUGGUGGAAAAGUCAGAAACCAACAGUCAAUUUGGUAAUUCAUUGGAGGUGAGAAGACGACAGUUUACAUAUUCUGAGGUGGUGAAAAUGACCAACAAUUUCAAAAGAGUUCUGGGUAAAGGAGGCUUUGGGGAGGUCUAUCAUGGUGUCGUUGACGACGUUCAAGUGGCUGUGAAGAUGUUGUCAUUAUCGUCAUCUCAAGGAUAUCGGGAAUUUCAAGCAGAGGUUACCCUUCUUAUGAGAGUUCACCAUAGAAACUUGACGAGCCUUGUUGGAUAUUUGAGUGAAGGAAACCACCUCGGCCUCAUUUAUGAGUACAUGGCCAAUGGAGAUUUGGCAGAACACCUUUCGGAGAGGAGUAAUCGUAUCUUAAGCUGGGAAGACAGACUUCGAAUAGCAAUGGAUGCAGCUCAAGGAUUGGAGUACCUGCACUAUGGUUGUAAGCCACCCAUUGUCCACAGAGAUGUCAAAACAACGAACAUCUUGUUGACAGAGAAUUUGCAAGGAAAACUUGCAGAUUUUGGUCUGUCCAAAAGCUUCCCCAUAGAUGGCAAAACCCACGUGUCCACAGUUGUUGCUGGCACUCCUGGUUACCUCGAUCCCGAGUACUACGUAUCGAACAGGCUGACAGAGAAAAGCGAUGUGUACAGCUUCGGGAUUGCGCUAUUGGAGAUAAUCAGUUGCAGACCAGUAAUAUCAAGAACCGAAGAUACACCUCAUAUAGCUAGAUGGGUGAACUCCUUGGUUUCCCAAGGAGAUAUUCAGAACAUAGUUGAUCCAAGAUUGCAAGGACAGUAUGAAACUAACUCUGUUUGGAAAGCGGUGGAAGUAGCGAUGGCUUGUGUAGCGGCGAACUCCAGUAGAAGGCCGACGAUGAGCGAGGUUGUGGCAGAACUCAAGGAUUGCUUGGGCACGGAAUUGAAUCGGAGGACGGAGAAUCGUUCGCUGAAUUCGACGGAUUCCACUGAAAUGAGGUCCAUGUCUGUGGCUUUCAAUGCUUCCGAAUCCCGUCCCCAGGCAAGGUGAAUGUAUUGAGGACUUGGCUCAUUCUCCAUUUCUGAAUCUUGGGUCGUCUUCAUAUCUUCAUCGUCUUCGUCUUCUUUCCAGUUCAUUUUUGUCGACCAAUUUUUCAUCGAAUGAUUUCUCGAAGUAGAUUUGUAUUGUAUUUGUCAUCGAAUCCUCUCUGUAAUUUUAUUUCGUUUAUUUGGCAGUCACACGACGAGACUUUCAUGGUCAUUUAUUUGAUAAAUGUAUUUCAAAUGAUUUUUUUUCAAUUUCUUUUAUGAUUUUGUUUUA